AUGGAAAACAUAUUAUCUCAUUUUAAAAAUUUGAAAAUAAACCAUGGUGCCGUUAAAAGGCUUUUAAAAGAGUUAAUGUAUUAUGAAAAGGAGGAAGAAGAUUUAAAAAGUAAAGUGAAUAAACUCAAGGAUGAAAAGAAAAGUGAAGGUGAGAUAAAACGAGCAGAAGAAAUUUUACAAGAAACGAUAAGAGUAUUACCACAUAUAAAUAACUCUUUACAAAAAAGUUUAAAGAAAUUAUGCGAUAUAAUUUAUGAAAAUUUUGAAGGCAUUUUAGAAAUUAAUGAUAAAAAAAUUGAAUUUUCUAAUAAAUAUUCUGAAGAAGAAUUAAAACAGAUUUUUGCUACACAGUAUGAAGAAUUCUGUAAAGAAAUAAAUAAUAUUAAUCAAACUUUAGAAAACAUAUUUCUUCAUAUUAAAGAUGCUACAUUACCUUCUUGUAAUCGAAUAAUUAAUAAUCCUGUAUUAUUACCAAAAGAAGAAUAUGUAGACAUAUAG